AUGGAGACUCUCACCCACGCUGUGCAGAACGCAUCCACUGCUGCUUCCAAUGCGAUUUGGGGCGAACAGCAGCCUCAGAGCCAGAGGACUGAGCAGAUUGUUGCCGCGCGACACGGCGAGGAGCCGCUCUCUGGUGUCCAGGGCAAGGGCACAGCUGCUGACCCUUACGAUGCUGGAAACAAGGAUGAGCAACCAACUACCACACUGAGCCAGAAGACCGAGUCCAUCGUUGCGGCCCGUCACAGCGACGAACCCGUCUCUGGUGUCCAGGGCAGGGGAACCGUGACUGACCCGUACGAUGCGGGCAACAGGGAUGAACAACCCGGCGCCCCUCGCUCGAAGGAAAACACCGCCGUCGUCACAGAGCCCCUCUCCUCCAUCACCCCAGGCCUCGCCCCAUCCCCCAAGGACACUACAGGCGUCACAGCCAAAGACUCCGGACCCACAGACGUCAAGCCCUCAACCGACCGCGCCUCCCUCGCAACCUCUCCCCUCGGCACCAAGAACCCUUCAAUCACCCAUCCCGAACCCGUCAACGCCCCUCAAAAGACCCCCUACACCCCCUCCAACGCCGCACCCACAACCGGUGCUCUCGGUGCCGGCGCCGGUGGUGUGCCUCUCGGCCAGCCCUCAUCGACCGACCAAACCACAAACGCUCACACCAACACCAGCCUAGGCGGCUCGCCCUCCGAUCUGCCGUCGCGCCCCUCCGAACAGCGUACCCAGGACACCUCCACCUCCAAGAAGGAAGACGAGGGCGAGUCCAGCGCGAACAUCGUUGACGCCGCGGAACACAAACAGAAGGUUAGCAAGGAGGCUCUUCGCGGCCCUAGCGUCUCUGCUCCCCGUGACCGCUGGGAAAAAGAGGAGAAGGAGGAGGAGCGUAUUCAGAAGCAGGAUGAGCAGAGUGGUCAGCCCGGCCAGCCGAAGACUACCAAGGCUGAGGGCGGAAGCUCAAACGACAAGAACCACGGCAAGGACACCAAGGAUACCAAGGACACCUCCAAGGGUGAAGAGCAUCACCACAAGUCCAUGAAGGAGAGACUUCAUAACAUCGUGCACCCUCGCCACCACUAA